AUGGAUGCUGAAAGUCAAGUAAACAUAACUCCAAUGGAGAAUUGGGUGAAUUCUUCUAGACUUGCUUGUGAAUUCUCAAACUGCCGCAACAACUUUCCAGACCUGGAGGACAGCACCAAGCUGGUGGGAGUGCAAGUGAUCCUCAUCUUGGCUUACAGCACCAUCAUACUGUUCGGAGUCAUCGGAAACUCCCUGGUGAUAUACGUGGUGUACAAGUUCAAAACUCUGCACACCGUCACCAAUUUUUUCAUCGUGAACCUGGCUGUGGCCGAUCUGCUGGUGAAUACUCUAUGUCUGCCCUUUACUUUGAUCAAUACUCUCCAUGGGGAGUGGAGGUUUGGCCAGGCAUUGUGCUUCAUGCUGCCCUUCUCCCAAGGCAUGGCCGUGCACGUUUCCACCAUCACGCUCAACAUCAUCGCCCUGGACCGCCACCGGAGCAUCGUCUACCACCUGGAGACCAAGAUGUCCAAGGAAAUGUGCGCCGCUGUCAUCAUCAUGACGUGGGCCAUAAGCGCAGUCCUGGCCAGCCCGCUCGCCAUCUUCCGGGAGUACGGGACGUUUGACCUUUCGCCCGAGCAGUCCAUUCAGGUUUGCACGGAAAAGUGGCCAGGGAGCGGCAUGGACGGGACCAUCUAUAGUAUCUCCAUGCUCCUGCUCCAGUACUGCCUGCCGCUGGCCAUCAACUCCUUCGCCUACAUCCGCAUCUGGAGUAAGCUGAAGAACCACGUGAGUCCGGCAGGGAGGAACAACCGCCACCAGCGCAAGAGGAAGACCACUAAGAUGCUGGUGAUCGUGGUGGUGGUGUUUGCAGUGAGCUGGCUGCCUCUCCACGCCUUCCAGCUGGCCAUUGACAUUGACAACAGUGUCUUGGAAAUGAAAGACUUCAAGCUGCUUUUCACCAUGUUCCACAUCGUGGCCAUGUGCUCGACCUUCGUCAACCCCAUCCUCUAUGGGUGGAUGAACAACAACUACCGGACUGCGUUUCUGUCUGUGUGUAAGUGCAGCCAACCUGUCAAUUCUGGGUCGAGGAACAUCAUGAGCAGAAAGACACUGAGGGAAAAAGACAUGAGCGAUACAGAUUUCAAAGCGACUAAAGUCUGA